CAGACACGAGCGCAAUCGAGUGGCAAGCUGCCGAAGAAGGAAACAGCGGAAACUGACACGCAAGCCAAAAGCGCGCGUUGGAAGAUGAUUUCGUACUGUCCGAAAGUAAAACAGGAUGUGGGCGGAGUCUCAGCCAGGGCCAUCCAGAUGCACACCACGUGGACCAGGAUACUGCACUUACUGCAGAGUCUUCUACAAUGACCUAAAUCAGCACUUGGCCAGUCUCAAACACCUGGAUCAGGUUCAAGCGUCCUCCAUUGGCUCCUCCAGUUGUUCCUUUGCUGACAGCAGCCAAGCCAAGGGCACUCUGCUGGAGCGAUUCCUACAGGAUGUCCUGUUGCACCACCCCCACUGCUACAAUGACCCCAGACCGUCUCACGCAGACCUCCCUUCCAUCCCCACUCCUCUUUUGCCCCGGGAGGAACUUGAUGAAGUCUGUUGUUCUGGCGAUGACGACUUAUCAUUGGGGACACGAGAUCGCCUGCCUAGCUCUAACAACGUAUCAACUAAUCAAGAUGAUGAUCUCGGCCCUUGUAGUCAAUUCGAGAAGAGACUAUCGGAGGGAGCAGGUCGGGAGAAGCCUUCUACACAAGCAAAAGAGCAAGAGGAGGCAAGAACCAUCUACUCGAGGCAUACAAGGGUGCCGAAACAUCAGGCCCCUCUGCCCGUGCACAGGAAAGCACACAGGAAGACUGACAGGAGGAAAAGCAGCAAGUCUCUGACUUCUGCGCUUUCACCCAAGGGCCCACAUCCAGGUACAUCUCCCCCAGGUCUCUCUGUGUCACAGCCUUGGCACAGCUGGCAGAAGGAGCGUUGGGCCGCUUUGAAAGAGGAGGUCUUCUCAGUGCCACGCGGUGACCUUGUGGACCAAACUAUUGAGGAGGUUAUCCAAACAUGUUGCCAUGGCGACAGCUUGACUUCCUUUCCGCUUGAGGAGACAGACAGCUUCCACAUCAGUCUGCCGCAUUCUUUUGAAACACAGAGUGAUUGGGACUCACCUGGACAGGCAGACUCAUGUGUCCCGCUGGUCCAGACGCAGGGGAGGGAUAUCAGCCAUCUGACUGAUGCUCAGGUGGACUUGACGGACCAGGUGUACUCCACUCAGCUGGAAUCCGUCCUCCACACCAAGCCGCGAGCAGUCAAACACAGAGUAUGCAGGACUGUGCCAAGAGAAAUGCCAAAGCAUUUGCCAGAGUCCUUCCAAGGGAAGACAUGGUCCCAGAUUGAAGAGGAAGAUGAGAAGAAGGUUGAUGAGCUGGUACGACAGUUCCGACAAGGUCGUUUUGUCUGCUACUUUGACAGUGAAUCCCCUGCCAGGAGCAAGAGCAAAAACGUGAACGCACCUGAGCAGACAAAGUCAGACAUGGGCCUCUUUCCUUUAAUGGACCAUCAUGAAGAAGAAGUCCCAAGGAGGCGGGACUUCAGGAUGGCAUCCAGGUGUCAGGUGGUCAAAGUGAGUCACGCCACUCAGACCGUCCGCUUGGUCGUCCCAACUGUCUGUCAAAUAGCCCCGGAGGCCACGCCCACGAGAGUCCAUCCAGGCGAUCGGGCCGGAGCGGAAAAGACUCCCGAGGUCCGAUGGUCUCGCCUGCCGCCUUCGUACUCGCCCGUCAUCACACCGCUGCAGUCGAGCACGUCUCUGGUUUACCUUCUCUGCUCCCCUACUUUUCCCACCACCACCUACACACCCACCGCAAGCCCCACGUCCAAACGCAGUCGCAAAAGAAAACGCCCACCUGACUUUCACAGACUCAAGGUAAAAUAUAAACAAUUUCCUGUGCGCUAUUAUGACCACCGCAGCAAUCGCAUCAUCAAGAACCCGCCCAAAGGUUUCAAGGUGGGUAAAAGCUCGACCCCCGCCAACCCCUUGCCGACACAUGUACGUCAGCUGUUUCGUAGUCUGAGCCCGGACCUGAACACUGAAAGGCGGUCCGGGCAGGGUGGCUCGGAUUCUCCCAGGGUCAAAAGUCAGAAGCUGUCGAGCACUGUUAUGACAGACUCGGCACAGAAUCGUAAACACGAAACCGCUCCUUCGGUGGAUCAAAGUCACUCAGAGGAAGUAAGAGUAGGUGGCAAAGAAAGGCCAAGGCCCCCUAAGAGGAGAGGAAGAGUUCAGACUACACCUCCACCACCCAGGAGGGGUGGACUCCGUCAAAAGGGCCCUGCACCGCAGCCCUCUACAGAACCAAACCUCCGACGAGGGCGGUCUCAGAGGAGGAGGGGCUGUGAAAAGACUCACAAGUAGCACAUUUGCUAAGUCAACGCUGAAGGACCAUUUUAAAAUAAAAAGUGAUUAUUUUUUUUUGAAAAAAAA